CAUUACAGCCAUGGUAAUAAAGCCACUUUUCUCAGUUAUGCAAAUGCUAAUAAUAAUAAUAAUAAUAAUAAUAAUAAUAAUAAACCCCAGUGACGAUAGUAAAUUAUGAAACUUGUCUGUCUUUCUCUCUCAUGUUUCUCUAGCUUUAUCCAUGAGACUAUGACUUGUUUCAGUCGUUGGGGAGUUUCUGUGGUCUGGCGAACGGUCCGUUGACGAUGACGUUCAGUGCUUUCCUGGUGGUCGUUGAUAUCCACUAGGCGUGCUGUCCACGAGUUCGCGGUCACCGUAAUGCCUGCAAUCUAUAUCGAAUUGGCUAGUCAUUGAUCGCCGUAUGGACUACACGGAAACAUGUACCCCGCUGGGCUCACCUGCCGGGUUGGUGGGCACCCAGAUGGGGGUAAAGACCCCACUUGCCCAUUAUGGAGGGGCAUAACAACACAUAAUAAUAAUAUGACGAUAGUAAAUUAUGAAACUUGUCUGUCUUUCUUUCUCAUGUUUCUCUAGCUUUAUCCAUGAGACUAUGACUCGUUUCUGUGGUCUGGCGAACGGUCUGUUGACGAUGACGUUCAGUGCUUUCCUGGUGGUCGUUGAUAUCCACUAGGCGUGCUGUCCACGAGUUCACGGUCACCGUAAUGCCUGCAAUCUAUAUCGAAUUGGCUAGUCAUUGAUCGCCGUAUGGACUACACGGAAACAUGUACCCCGCUGGGCUCACCUACCGGGUUGGUGGGCACCCAGAUGGGGGUAAAGACCCCACUUGCCCAUUGUGGAGGGGCAUAGCGACACAAUGAUAAUAAUGGCAGAAACUCUGAUCAGUUGGAUGGGUUGUUGCACACUUUGUCAACGGCAGGCUAUCCGGACACAACUCUGGAGUGACGGUAGGAAAAACGGACACCAUCAAGUGUCUGGAACCGGGUCAAGUCCACAAGUACUUGGGUGUAGAUGAGAGUAACGGUAUUCAGCACAGCAUGAUGCGGGAGAGACUUCGUCGUGAGUACUUCCGCAGAGUGAAGGUGGUUCUCCGGACUGAGUUGUAUGGUCGGAACAAGAUUCUAGCCAUCAAUGGGUUUGCACUACCGGUUCUCACUUACGGUUUUGGCGUCAUUCAUUGGGGGUGCACGGACCUGCAGCAGCUCGAUCGACGGACCAGAAAGCUCCUCUCUAUGCACGGUGUCCACCAUCCUGCUGCAGACGUUGACCGACUGUACGCUCCUUGCAGUGAUGGGGGUAGGGGGUUACAACAGAUUGAGUCGACAUAUCAAUCUUGUAUUGUGAGGCUGAACUGUUACCUUGCUGACAGUUCUGAUCCUUUCAUGCAGAUGAUACGGGAGUGUGACUCCGGAAAAUCUUCACACUCGAUCAAGCACAUGGCUUGUCGGUUUACUGCACAGCUGCGAAGGAGUCUUGCUUCGGACGACAAGUCGCAGAGCUUACACAGGAAUGCAUCCAUCUCGGUUGAAGGUGGCUUCGAGCAAGCACCUGAAACAGAUGCGAGACAUUACCGUACGUGUUGCAGUUCUCUUCAUGUGCGGUCCUGGAGCGGGAAGCCUAUGCACGGGCAGUAUCGUCGUCUCACUGAGCAACCGCCUGUGGACAUGAAAGAGACCUACGGAUGGCUAAAGGCAGCGAAUCUUCCUGCUGCAACUGAGGGACUGGUUGUUACUGCUCAAGACCAAGCUCUUCGGACUCGGUACUAUAAGCGCAAGAUUCUACAUCGUGAUGUCAGUCCUACUUGCCGCAUGUGCAGUGUAGGCCUGGAAACAGUCGACCACAUUGUGGCAGGCUGUAGUGCUUUGGCACCGACGGACUACACUGAUCGACACAAUCAGGUGGCAUCCAUCAUUCACUGGGACGUUUGUCGCCACUUUGGGGUUCCAGUGGAGAGCAGAUGGUACCGGCAUCAUCCUGAUAGGCUUGUGGAGACGGAUGACAUUACUAUGAUGUGGGAUACCACCAUCCCCACUGCCAGGAAGAUCAAAGCCAAUCGUCCAGACAUCUGUCUCAGAAAUAGGAAGACAAACACUUGUCUUCUUAUUGAUAUCAGCUGUCCUGCUGAUGGCAACAUUGGCAAGAAACAUGCUGAGAAGUUGGCGAAGUACAGCGACUUGCGAGUGGAGAUAAGCCGCAUGUGGCAUUGUCGAACACUGGUGGUUCCGGUGGUCUUGGGAGCUUUGGGCACAGUGCACGCAGGUAUUGCACGGUGGCUGGACAUUAUUCCAGGUCAUCACAACCUGCAGCACUUACAGAAAACAGUGCUUCUGGGAUCUACUCGGAUCCUUCGUAAAGUCAUGUCUUCUUUCUAGACAGCCGUGAUGGUCUAAGUACUUCUGAAGCAGGGUUUGCUUCCGGUACUUGUAAUAGACUUUACAAACCAGACUGAUCUGGUUGAGCACGACACAUAAAGUCACCGCCGUGGCUUAGUGGUUAGCGACAAUGGCUACCACUCCAUGAUUUGGGGGUUCAAACCCCAGUGACGACAGUAAAUUAAGAAACUUGUCUGUCUUUCUCUCUCAUGUUUCUCUAGCUUUAUCCAUGAGACUAUGACUUGUUUCAGUCGUUGGGGACUUUGUGGUCUGGUGAACGGCCUGUUGACGAUGACGUUCAGUGCUUUCCUGGUGGUCAUUUAUAUCCACUAGGCGUGCUGUAUUGAUGUUCGCGGUCACCGUAAUGCCUGCAAUCUAUAUUGAAUUGGCUAGUCAUUGAUCGCCGUGUAGACUACACAGAAACAUGUACCUCGCUGGGCUCACCUGCCGGGUUGGUGGGCUCCCAGAUGGGGGUAAAGACCCCACUUGCCCAUUAUGGAGGGGCAUAGCGACACAUAAUAAUAAAGCACAGGCCCUUCCAUGUAGAAGAAAUUGACAUCAUUAGCAGUGAGGUUUGCCUCACUAAGUAUACUGAUUUAUGAUAGAGUAGCAAGUUUCUGAGUUUUUUAGAGUUUCUGCGAUUACUGUA